GAAAAACUAAAGGUUACAAAAAUAUUUGUAGGUAGCCUGACCAGUUUGUAAAGAAUACCAUAUCUGCUUACUAUCGCUAAGACGUCUAAUUUUUUAGAGAUUACUCAGUUUUACCUUUUCAGUGCGAAUUCAUAAUUUCGCUUCUAUCGUUCGUUGUGAACAAUUCAGUGAUUUAGUGAGACUUUGAUAAUUUUAUUUCGAGAAUUUAAUACUCCCGCAAUAUGACAAAAAAGAAUGAAGUGGGCAUUGAAAAACGUGUGAAAAUACAGGUUCAUCAUGAACAAGAGAAGUCCCAAGUAGACAUUGCGAAAACAGUGAAGUGUUGCGUCGAUGUGUACAAUACACUAUUCAACGAUUCGCUCAGACCGGUUCACAUAAAGAUAGACUUAGAACAGGCCGCAAAUGCAUUACCACAGAUCGUGAAGACAGAGUAUUGA